AUGUCGGACAAGCGAACGCUAGUUAUUUCCGCUGUGGGAAUUUUUGUGUGCUACUUUUAUUUUGCAAUUCUGCAGGAAAAGAUUACACGCGGCCGGUACGGUGAUGAGCUGCAGGAUGAUGGUUCCCGUGGCGAGCGGUUCACAUACAUGCUGGCCCUGGUGGGUGUACAGUGUGUCUGUAAUUGGAUCUUCGCGAAAGCUCUACUAACAAUGUCACCGCAGCCGGACGAUGGUACCCCAAAGGUGUACUACGCUAGCAGCGCCCUUACUUAUCUGCUGGCCAUGAUCAGUUCGAAUAUGGCGCUCCGGUGGGUAGCCUACCCGAUGCAAGUUGUCGCCAAGGCGGCCAAACCAAUUCCCGUCAUGUUACUGGGUGUGCUAGUUGGGCGAAAAAGUUACACACUGCAGAAGUACUUCUUCGUACUGUUGAUCGUGGUGGGCGUCGUGUUGUUUAUGUUUAAGGAUAGCAAACCAAACCCCGGCACCGUACUGGAACACGAAUCCCUCGGUCAGCUACUGCUGGUAUUGAGCCUUCUGAUGGAUGGACUAACCGGUGCGGUCCAGGAGCGGAUGAGGGCGCACAGUGCACCAUCCGCCCAGCACAUGAUGCUCGCAAUGAACGGCUGGAGUGCAAUGAUCGUGUCCGUCGGACUUCUGGCAACCGGUGAAGGCAAAGCAUUCGUGCUGUUCGCCGGUAGGCAUCCGGAACUGUUCACGCACCUUACGCUACUAGCACUGACCGGUGCCCUGGGACAAUUGUUCAUCUUCAUGAUGGUGUCGUCGUUCGGUGCCCUGGCCUGCUCCGUAGUGACAACGACAAGAAAAUUCUUCACCGUACUCUUUUCGGUGCUGUUCUUCGGCAAUGUGCUCACCGGUCGGCAGUGGGUUGGUGCGGUGCUCGUGUUUUGCGGCCUGUUUGCGGACAUGUUCUUCGGCAGAAAGCCAGCACCAGCCACCAAGCUAGGAAAGGAAAAACAAAAAGUUGAAACCGAGCUGGUGGCAGAUAAAUAG